AUGGCAAAGUUCGGACCGCCAGAAACGUUUGACUUUUCCAAACCAGCAGAGUGGCCAAUAUGGCGCCGCCGCUUCGACCGGUACCGGGUCGCUACGAAGCUCAACAGAGACAGCGGCGAAGUGCAAGUCAACACACUUCUCUACGCUUUGGGAAGAGAAGCAGAGCCAAUAUAUGAUUCAUUUGUGUAUAGUGACAGCGAAGAUGAAAAUAGUGACGAUGAAGAGAGGACUCAGUCACGGUUUGACUACUCAAAAGUGAUAGCUAAGUUCACGGAGCAUUUUGUGCCCAAACGCAACGUCAUUCACGACCGUGCAUGCUUUUACAAGCGAGUGCAGAAGCCCGGAGAAUCAGUGGAGGCGUUUUUGCGAGUUUGUAUGAACUGUUCCAGUACUGUGGUUGCAGAGCACGUUCCAGGGAAACAACUGGCCGUAGCAGACGCGCUCUCCAGAAAUCCACUGAGCUGCACAAGUGAUAGCAGCACCGACAAAGAGUUUUACGGACUGCCUUCUAUAGUGGCCCCAUAUUCUCUGUUUUGGAUUACCUUGUGUCCCCAUUCUGUCUGUUUCUAUGAGUGA